AUGGUGAAUGAAGCAGGAGAAAAUAAAAAAGCUGCAAAAGGUACUUCAGUUAGUGGGAAAGUAUGGAAGGUGGAAAAGACACCAUUGAGGGCCAAGAGCAGAGUUGUUAAGAACAAGAAGUUAACAUCAUGGGAAUUAAAAAAACAAAAAAGACUCGAAGAUAAACAGUUCAAAGAAAGAUUGAAGGCUCUAAAGGAUGAGAAGGAAGAAGCUCGUCAAGCUAAGAUAACCAUGUUAAAGGAAAGAAGAGAGAAGAAGGAAGAGAAUGAAAGAUACGAACGUUUGGCUGCUAAGAUGCAUGCUAAGAAGGUUGAGAGGAUGAGGAGAAGAGAGAAAAGAAACAAGGCAUUAAAAGAACGUUAA